AUGUGUGGUAUCGCGAUACGCUCAGCGCAGGCUAUGGGGAUCUAUCUCCGCGAUGAAAGUCCCAGCACCUCAAAUCUGUCCAAAGAAGCCAGGUACCGGCUAUGGUGGGGUCUCUACUUGUUAAAUAACCGAGUUUCUGGGAUCAUCGGUCGUCCACUUGGUGUGCAUAGAGCGUUUUGUACGACACCUCUUCCGGUGCCGUAUAGAGAGGAGGAUUUUGGGGAGGAGCAUGUCAUGCAACUCCUUACAAAUAAUGAAGCUCGACGCAUUCUCAUAUCGUCCUUGCAAUUCCAAACGCCUAGGAACGAGACGGUGGAAAGCCCCAUAGCUCAAAGUCCCAUCCAUGUUGCGUCUAGGGAGGAAAAGCGCAGUGAGCAGGCUCGGGCUACUGCGGCACAGAGUCUUUCAGUGAAUGCGUCACUGUACUUCAUAUAUGCCGUUGACCUGGCAUCGAUAAUGGAGGAAGCAAUUGGCACUUUGUACUCCCCAAUAGCCGCUUCAAGGUCGUGGCUUCAAAUUGAACUCGCGAUCUCUGCGCUUAAUGAGUCCAUUGAACGUUGGCUCUCUCGGCUUCCUACGUCAUAUCACUUGACAAGGACGCGAACAAACAGGCCCGAUGUCCUUCAGCACACAAGUCUUACGUUCCAUUUCUAUUCCACCAAGCUCAUCAUCACACAGCCAUGUCUGCAUCGCGUCGUGUACGGAGUCCCGGAAGAGGGGCCACCAAGCACUCUCUGCAGUACCUUGGCUGCGACAUGCGUUCAGGUAGCAGGUCAAAUGCUCGAUCUCCUACCAAGCGAUCCAGAUACAGCCUGGCUGUAUGGAUGCUCCCCAUGGUGGUGUGUGCUUCAUUAUAUCAUGCAGUCCGUGACUGUUCUCAUGAUGGACCUCGUGGCCCGACCAGAGGAAGGCACGCCGGAGAGUGCCGGUGUUGAGGCUAUGAUCAGAAAGGCCAUCCUGUGGCUGAGCAAAAUGGCUACCAAGGAUCCUUCUGCAAUGCGAGCUCAGCUUCUGUGUAUAGAUAUUCUAACGCGGCAUAGUUCGAGACUUGCCAUGGAGAUUGAGGUUGGAAUUUAG